AAACCCCUCCUUCCGUCUUUUCCCGGCCUGAGAGUCCAGAGUACGAGCUGGAGUCAGUGCUGGUCACUCUCUUCCCUCUCUCUUCCUCUCCCUUUUCUCCUUCCUUCCUCGUUCGAACUGGACGCAAGAAGAAUCGACAUUCCCUGGAUCCAAUUCGACUCACGUCGCGGUCUGUCAGUGGGAGCGGGUGGGGGCCUUCUGGAUUACGAUUGUGCUGUGGGUGCGGAGCGCAAGGAGGGGAGAGGAGAGGAGAGGAGAGGAGAGGUGCGGUGCUGUGCGGUGGGGUGCGGAGCUGGCUGCUCGGUGCGGUGGAAUACGAGGAGUGGAAGAGAAUAGUGGGAGUCGAAGGGUGGGGGGUCUGAUUUUCUCGGGUGGAGUUUGAGAGAGAGGCAGGAGUAGGGGAAAAUUGAUUUGGGAAGGAGGUGAGAAGUAGGAGUAGAAGGAGAAGGAGGAGUUGGGUGUUUGUGUAUGGGUACGGAUUCGGCCAUGGGGGGAGAGGAGCCUUCGGCGUCGGCGGCAGCGAAGAAGUAUGUGCCGUAUGUGUUGAAGCAUACUCUGCAGGGUCACAGGAAGGCAAUUUCGAGUGUGAAGUUCUCGCCGGAUGGGAAGUGGUUGGGCAGCUCUUCUGCCGACAAGAGUGUGAGAAUAUGGCAUGCUUCGAAUGGCAGGUUUGAAAAGUCGUUGGAAGGCCACAGUGAGGGAAUUUCAGAUUUCGCCUGGUCUUCUGACUCGAGGUAUAUUUGCACUGCGUCUGACGACAAAACUCUGCGAAUUUGGGAUGUUCCCAGUGGAGAUUGUGUCAAGACUCUGAAAGGACACACCAAUUUUGUGUUCUGCGUCAAUUUUAAUCCUCAAUCGAAUCUUAUUGUCUCUGGUUCAUUUGAUGAGACUGUAAGGCUUUGGGAUGUCAAAACUGGGAAGUGUUUGAAGACUCUUCCUGCACAUUCUGACCCGGUGACCGCAGUACAUUUCAACAGAGAUGGCACCCUAAUUGUUUCUAGCAGCUACGACGGGCUCUGUCGGAUAUGGGACACCGCAACUGGUCAUUGCUUGAAGACUCUUAUCGAUGACGAAAAUCCACCAGUAUCUUUUGUUAAAUUUUCCCCUAAUGGGAAGUUCAUCUUGGCUGGCACUCUCGACAACACUCUGAGGUUAUGGAACUAUUCCACCGGAAAGUUUCUGAAGACAUACAAUGGGCACACCAAUCAAAAGUUUUGCAUAUUUUCCACUUUUUCGGUCACGAAUGGGAAAUACAUCGUCAGCGGUUCAGAGGAUUGUUGCAUUUAUGUAUGGGACCUGCAAGCAAGAAAUAUCAUUCAGAAACUAGAAGGACAUACAGAUACUGUGCUCUCGGUUUCAUGUCAUCCCACUGAAAACAAGAUAGCCUCUGGCUCCUUAGAUAACGAUAAGACUGUUAGAAUUUGGGUACAAGGCUAGACUGUGGCCUUGUGCGUUUAUCAAGAAGUUUUGAACCGUAUAGAUUCUGGUUUUCAGCCAAGUUUUGCUCCAGGGAUGUAUGGCCCCUACAUGCAAAGGCUGCAUGACCGGAUUUGUGGGUUACUGCCCUGUACAUUCUGUACAAUUUUACUGGGUUUUGAAACCAUUUUAAAUGAAAGG